GACUGGGCUGGAUAAACCAAUCCUAUAUCUUGAGUUUUGAAAAUAAUUAUGCCCUGGACUUAAAAAUCUCCUUUGUAGCCAGAAAUGUAAUUUUAAUUUUAUUUUUUGUACUGGAAACGGCACACCAUGGUUGUAUUUUUGGGGAGAGAGCAGGGCUUGGAGCGAACGAACCUAAUCGACAAUAAACUCUACAGGAUGGCAGCAAUGCAACUAUAAGGCUGUCAGCAGCCGCGAAACGUCGAAGAAGAAGAAGAAAACAAGACGUAGAUAUACAGCGCCGGAUAUGCUAGUACCUCAGCUAGCAACGUUAGCUUUCGUUUUGAAAGGAGAGUGUUGACAUCCUCGCAGCUUAUGUUGGCGGGUGUUUAAUUUCGUUAGAUGGUAGUCGUUUGGUUUAGUCUCAGCCGCCAGUCGUCAUGGCAGAGGAGGAUCUCUCGCUUCUGACAGAGGAGGUGAAACACAGCGAUGGCGCUUUGGUGCCUCCGGAGGGUUUAUGCGGGGUGUCGGUGCUGUCCUGCCUGCUGCUCGCCUGUUCUUAUGUCGGCAGUCUGUACGUGUGGAGGAGUGACCUGCCGCGGGAUCACCCUGCUGUGAUAAAGAGACGCUUCACUAGUGUGCUGAUCGUGUCGGGCCUGUCGCCUCUCUUUGUGUGGGCGUGGAGAGAAUUCACAGGUGUCAGGACUGUCCCAUCGUUACUGGCUCUCAUGGGGAUCCGGUUUGAAGGCCUCAUUCCUGCCAUCAUACUUCCUCUGCUGCUCACCAUGGUCCUGUUUCUGGGCCCCCUGAUGCAGUUAGCCAUGGACUGUCCCUGGAGCUUCAUGGAUGGAAUCCGGGUAGCCUUUGACCCGUGGUUCUGGAUGUUGUGCUUCAGUGACAUGCGCUGGUUGAGGAAUCAGGUGGUGGCACCGUUAACAGAGGAGCUGGUGUUCAGGGCCUGCAUGUUACCCAUGUUGGUGCCCUGCACCAGCCCUUCCACUGCCAUAUUCACCUGCCCGCUCUUCUUUGGAGUGGCUCAUUUCCACCAUGUGAUCGAGCUGCUGCGCUUCAGACAGGGGACACUGUCAGGGAUCUUCCUCUCUGCAGUGUUCCAGUUCUCCUACACAGCAGUGUUCGGAGCCUACACUGCCUUUAUCUUCAUCAGAACAGGUCACCUGGUGGGCCCGGUGCUCUGCCACUCCUUCUGUAACUACAUGGGUUUCCCUGCCAUCAGCACAGCCAUGGAGCACCCCCACCGCAUCACCGUCCUCUCCUCCUACCUGCUGGGUGUCCUCCUUUUCUUCCUCUUCCUCUUCCCCUUCACUGACCCCUCCUACUACGGCCUCCCCACACCGGUCUGCACUCUCACCUCCUCCCCCAGCUCCCUCUGCCUCUCCUGAUCCCAGCCCCCCCCCCCCCGUCACACACUUUGUUUACUUCUGUACUCUCUCCACCUAUGACUGAUGAAGCAGUCGAGGGUGUUGCUUUGUUUUUGCCAAGUUAGAGUUCAGGUCAGGUCCAGUUUGGACCGACAGCGCUAACAGCCAUGUGGGCUAAGUUGCCACGGAGAGGUGAGGAGGUCUGGAGCCAUUCUAUACAGUCAGGGUGACCCUCGAUAUGUCAAUCCAUUACCAUGACAUAGUUCAGUUAACUGGCUGGUACUCUUAUACAGAGUGACUCAGUGUGAACAGGUGGGGGCUCAUGUUGCUGGGACUGAACCUGACCCGUCUGGUUCCAGGAGAGCUGCCACUCUGAUAUGUGGUUUUAGUGUAGACAGAACACUGAAGGACAAUUCCUCCUCAGAUCUCAUCAUUUUGUGAUGAAGCGUCAUAAUAUCCACUCAGCCUUCCUUGUCCCCCUAAAGGAUUAUUCUCGUUUAUUACAACUUAGGUCCUAUUUUUGCCCAUAACGAGUGGUAAUAAGAUCACCAAGUUAAUGCCAGAGACCUGGAAACAUGGAGACAUCUGAUGGGUCAAGAAACAUGAGCAGUCAGACAGGUUAUAAAUAAAGCUUCAGGUUAAACAAACUUGUUUGGAAGAUAAACCGUCAUAAACAUCCAUCACAGUUUACAGAGCCACUUCCUGCUUCAGCUUUGACUCUGUACUUACUGUAGUCGUGUGCACACAUGGUUUUCCUGUGCAAUGAGGGAUUAUAACUAGAGACCAACCAAUACAGCCACAAGGCCAGUAAUACAGGUCAGUUUGAACUUAUCACAGAUAUAUUUUUAUCAGUGUGUGUAUAUAUAUCAGAUGAUAACUAACAAGACAUUACAAUAACGCAGAAAAGCCAAAGAUGUUUGAGAUUAAUUAAAGGCCAACACAAAUCUGUAGCACCAGCUCUCCAAAAAAAGGAGCAACUUUCUCACUUUCCUCACUGGACUGGCAUAUCCCAACUGCUGUACUUAGACUACUACUACUGGUUAUACAGCAUGUCCCGAGUGUGGUUAUGUGACAUUAUGCAACGUGAAGCCAUACCAUGCCACCGUCACGCUUUGCCAUGUGAUGUUACGCUACGCCACAUGAUGUCACAUGUGAUGCUACACUACACCAUGUGACAUAGCUGAUGUGUGUGUGUGUGUGUGGCACUUCAGAGACAGUGUUGCCAUGACAUAGGUUGUCCACUAGAGAGCACUUGCAAGUUUAUUUUUACAUUAAAAUGUCCAUACACAUAUACAUACUGUAUGUUAGGUCACAUUUUUUUUAACAACAUAAUACAGGAUCCUUAGCAAACAUGUUAUUUGUAUUCCAAGUCUAUGUUAAAAAAUGAAUGUGGGACAUUAUUGGAUUUCUUAAAAUUUUGCUUUCAAAUAUUUACAGUGCCCCCGAAAAACAACAUUAAGAAUAAUUAUUGUUUGUUAUUAUCAUUAUUAUUAUUAUUAAUGGUAAUAAUAAUAAUUAUAAUGAUAAUAAAGUAAUUAUUUCCAACAUAUUAUAUAUAUUGGGUGCUCUCACUUUCAGUUUUACCUUCAAAUAGAUAACCUGAAUAAACCGUAGGCUUGUUUCUAACCUGUCUGAUCGUGAUUCUAGCCCAGUCAGACUUUGUAAUGGGGAUAUCAGUUACUUUGAUCAGUACUGUGUUCUCAUAACUGAUGGAAAUGAUGAUCAAACCUACAAAAAUAAGAUCCUAGUUGUAGAGUUCUGCGACCCAAACCCUAAUCUUGGUUAUUUUCACCUGUAACUUAUUAUGCACUCAGUAUUAAAUUAAGAAUUUGUCUGUUUGGGUCUAGUUUGGGUCUCAGCUUUGGCAGCUUAGACAUAGGUAUGGGCUGGGUUAGGGUCUAAGCUUCUGGCUCAUGAAUUCUACCAAGUUGUAAGAAACCGAAAUGAUCCUUUAAUGCUUUUAGCAUCUCCAGGGGAAGGCAUAGACGUAGUUGCUGUCAGCUGUGAGUUGUUGGAGAAAUAUUUUCUCUAGUGAAGGCAGUGAGAGUCCCCAACCCUCACUAUAACACUCAACAUGUCUAAAUGCUGCAUUCUAGACAUGUUAGCAUCUCUUCAGUCUGGGAUCUCUCCUCUAUGAUUGUUGGUUUGCAAAGAAAACCCUGUAGUAGCUGCACUGGAGUACAGGAAGGUUGCUGUGAUUGCUUCAGUGUGAUGUUUUCAGUGGGAAAUAAGAAAAAGACACCGUCAGACAAAACGGUCACAACAAUGACAUCACCGAUAGUUGUUUUUAAUGUUAUGGAAUUGUUUUUAACAGUCAAACUUCAGCUGGAUUUGUUCCUUUUAUCUGAAUUCAGACACCAGGAAUUUUUUUGCUUCAGAUUUGAUUCAGAGGAUCAUUCUGCUUGAAAAGGUUCAGUGUUUUGUAUGUAGAGAGACUAUUAAUGGUUAUUUAUAUACCUCUGCAUGUUCCAGUGCUGGUAGUUUGUUGUUUUGUUGGUGAAGGGCGGUGACGGGAUAUCUUAGGGGCUCAUCGUUCCCUAAAGUCUGAAACAUACUCUAAUGUAAGUGCACAAACACAAAUGACAAACUGGUUAUACAUCCUGAAGGUGUGGAAGUAAAAACACCUGAUUCUUCAAGGUGGGCGAUGCAAAGACUGGUCACACUAGGCUAUCAGGACAGUUGUGAAAAACUAAAACACAAGCACAAAUGAAAGCAGACACAUGUGAUGACACGGUAAGGGCCCGGUCACACCAGCAAUUAUAACAGCAGAAUCUCAGAGUGAAGUCAACUCAUUCCAAUGGAGAAAGGAAAUAUGUGCAGUGUAGAGUUCAGUUCAAAUUCAAAAUAGAUAAAUGAAAAACCUGACCGAGGGAAAGAGUAGUCUCUUCCAUCUCCUCUUAAAUCAUAAGAACACACAACUGAAUUUCCCUGCUCCUCUUGCUGGUGUCAACAGGAUCUUAUUUUCAGACACAGCAACACUGAAAUUGACUUGAAGCAUCUGUGUUUGUGUCCUUACAGUGUAUGUUUAGGUCUUAAAGCUGGAGAUAAGUUGUGAAGCUACGGCUGUCUUUCGGGGAUCUUUCCUCCGAGGCUCUAAAAUGGCCUCAAAGCCUUGUUUUCAUAUGCCAAUUUUCCUCAUUGUUUGUCCAUUCCAUGCAUCUUUCACAUAGGCGCUCCAAAUCUCUUUAACCAGUCAAUAUUCCAGGUUGGUCUCCUGCUUCAGUUUUGUCUUGCUUUUAACUGUAGUGAAGGUGAUGUGCAGGGGACUGAGACCCCCAACACUCAGGUGUAGUUUAAUAGUGGCAAGAAUGCUCCAACCACUACACUGCAUGCUGCUACUUGUAUAUUCACAAUACAGAGCCAUAUAUAUACAUAUACAUAUAUAUAUAUAUAUAUAUGUAUACACAUGUACUGGAUGACACUGAAGUUGGCCACCAGCACAUUACUGACUGAGAGGGAAACUCAUUUAUUUACAGCCUGGGUCUUGUUUUCAUAGCCAUCAUACCUAUCAGUUCUGAUACUAUUUACUCCAUAACACAGCUGCAUAUGAUGUUCAAACAGGGCAGCAACACAAGCAGUCAGACAGGUUUUAAGUAAAUCUAACAAGAUGUCCUGGUAGUUGGAGCACAUUGGACAUAAGUCUGAGAUGGGAGAAGAGCAGUAUCCAAUAAGAGCGCAGCAGGAAACCCCUUACAUAGUGACUUCUCAUGAUCAUUUGCACCAGUUGCAAUUCCCUCCAGCCACAGUAAUGUUGAAAUCAGUACAUCUCAUCACUCAACACUCUGGGACUAAAAGUAUCUUGUAGUAUGAGCAGUACAACACUUCUGAGAUGAUGAAAGACAAAGUUGAACUACACAGAUAAGUGCUUCAGAUAAUAUGGUUAAACUGUGGACUUCAGACCUGACGGCUCAUGUUGUCGCCUUGUGCGACUCUGUUCUAAAAGCUGUUCCAGUCAGUCACUGCUUCACCAGAUCAUAGCACUGAAGUUUGUCAGUAAAACAUCAUAACCGAUAGAAAUGAUGGCCAAAACGAACUAAAUAAGGCUCAAGUUUUUUCAAUGAGUACUCACCUUUCUAUAACAGUUUAUCUGAGACGGUUCCGGUUCUUUGCACUACACAUCUGCAUAAUGCUGUAUACUACUCGCUGUGAGGGGGCUUUUUAGGUUAGCUGAUUGGUUUUACAUGGAGUGGGCAGUUUGCUUUGAUAAUCUGAUAUUUCAUUUUGCCUUUAUAGAGUAUCUGUCUUUGCUGUGAGUCAACAGAAUCGUAUACGUAGACGAUGGUUUCUUCAUUGGAGCAGACUGAUUGACUCCACAUGUUGCAGUUACAGCUCACAGUUGGGGAUGUUUGAGGUGUUCCUGAAAGAGAGAACUCCAAAAGACAAAAACGCUCUAUAAGCUAUACUCAUACUGUGAAGAAGAAGUGGGCUGCUUGGGUCUUCAGCAAUAAAUCAUAUAUGUGAGGGGUGUGUGGUAACGUUUUUGGAUCCAUUUUAUAUGUGACUGAGCAAUUCUGUAGUAAAAAAACAGGGCCACACAUGUAUAUUAUUUAUAUGGGUCAGUCAUUUGUUCUUGGUAGUUUACAAUUUGGACAUGUGGAACUGUUAUGAUGUGAGAGUUGCACUGUACCUACCUGAAGCUGACACCAGAGGGCGUCAGAGCACUUUGUCAGAGACAGUGCUGCUGUGAGGACCUCUCACGUCUGUUUAUCAGCCUGUCUGACAUCAGUCAUCCGUCACUGGAAAAACCAAUUCAUGCUAACUUAUUUUCCCUUUAGCUUCCACACAAUUAUGCCCCAUUAGAGGAGAUUGAUGCAGAGGGGAGGAACCCAGUGGUGAGACUCUCGCUGAUGCUAGUUUCCUUUUUAAACAUUUUGAAAGCAGAGUUUGACUCCCACAUUGUUUCAAAUCCUGAGCAUUUGAUUGCUCUGUUAAAAUAUCCCUGAUAUGAAGGAGGCUCCUCCCUUUUCGUAGUUAUAAAAAAAUGCUCAUAUUAAGACAAUGAGUCACAUUUAUCAGCUAGUCUGGGUUUCAUUGGAAAGUUUUAAUGACAUAUGAGGGUCUUUCCUCUUCUUCUUGCUAAUGACCCUGUUUUUAUGUCCUAAAAUUCCCAUGAAUCCAGCCAUUAGUGAGUAUCAAGAUGUCACGUAUUCAUCUGCUCUCAAGAACAAGGGCGACUGAUUAUAUAAAAAUGUACUUCAGAUCUAUUUAAAGCCACUAUGUGUAGGGUUUUUAGGUGAAUAUAGCCAUACAUUUAUGUUUGUAGAAAAAAAUAGCCAAUUCUGGUGAAAACUGGUUUAAUGCUGUUUGUGGGAAGGUGUGGUUGGGGGUACCUGGGCUGAGCUGAGUCGCUAAUUGCUGUCUCACUGGACAGCACGGUGAGCUAAAGAUGCUGAAGGCUGCUGCUUCUCACAAACCACAGUCAGAGUCUGUCGUCUUGCAGCUCUUUAUCCACUACUGUACUCUUCCUCACCUCAAUGCUUUAAACUCAUCUGCUGACCAUAUAUGUCCAACACAGUGUCCGUAUCUUGUUUUGUAGACAGAUUUUUUAGAUUCUGUAGCUAUAGCUGCUUCAUAGUAAAAGCAUCUAGAGGCUGCGACGGUUUAUCAUUAAAAUAACUGCCAACUAUUUUGAUAAGCGGUAAAUCGUAUCGAGUCAUUAUUUAAGGGAAAAAAAAUCUCAGAUUCUCUGCUUUUCAAAUGUGAAUAUUUUCUGGUUUCUUUAGUUCUCUAUGAUAGUACACUGAAUAUAUAUAAGCUGUGGACAAAACAAGACAUUUUAGGACAUCAUCUUGGGGUGUGGGAAACAGUUUUUCACACAUUUUUCACCAUUUUCUGACAUUUUAUUGACCAAAAAACGAAUCCAUUAAUCUAGCUUUUAUCUUAAUCCUACACAUAGCGGCUUUAAUUUUCUUUCUUUUUAAGAAAUAAAACUAAAUCAGAUCAUUUCAUAUCCAUUUUUAAAAAAAAAAAAAAAAAGUGGUACGCCAACUCAAAGGUUGAGAAACUGAUAUACAGUAAUGUGCUGUUUCUGUUCCUUGGAGCACUACUUUGUAAAGGGAAACAAUCGCUUGCUGCAGAAUUAAAAGAUACAUUCCCUCCCUCUCAUCCUGUUAAAACAUGCUGACAACUAUUACAAGGAUUGACCUUAUAGUUUGAAUCAGCACACAUCUUACCAGCUGUUCUGUGCAAAGCUUUUCAUAUUUGCUGCUGGUGCUAGCAAAUUCAGUUGCUCUGUCUUUUUUUCUGUAAGAAGAGGCACAUGUCAAAGCUAAUGUCUGAUCAUGCUUGCCCAACCAAAAAUCUCCAGAUGUUAUUUCUGUGCAGGCUGUCAUUGACUCACUCAGAAUACUUUGUCCUCGCCUGAUCUUUAGCCUGUCAGUUUUCUGUCACUGGCUUAAACGUUUGCAAGAUGAUGAGGUGAAAGGCUAGUUCUGCCUUUACUGCUGUAAGAAGAAAAACACUGUCCUCAAACAACAUCUUCAGCCAACAAUCACACAUCAGUAUUUGCUGUUGCAGAUGCAAAAUCUGCACAUCUGUAAUAAUAUGCAGAGAGCCGCACCAACAGAGACUGCAGAAUCUAUUUUUGCUAAGCUUUAGCAGCUCCGUUAUUUUAAUACACAACACCCAGAGGAAGCAUAGUUUCAAAUGUGCGUUUUCAGAACUUAUGAAAUAUGAAUCGUGAGUCAGCUGGUGCCACAGAACUCCACAGAUGUUUAUAUUGAGCACUAUAUUUUGUAAUCAGAUCUAUUUUGGUGACAGGAACAGAGUGUACAGAUAUGUGCAUGUAUUUUAUGCUCACUGUGUCACACUUGUUGUACAGUUCAAGUUAGAGACAACAGAGAAGCGUGUUUUAGUAUGACAAUCUUUUACAGAAACUUUGGAAUCACUCUGCAAAAUAUCUAUUUGUAAAUAAAUAAUGUCAUUUUCUACAUCA